GUCAACAAAUGAAGAUUUUUUUCAGUUAUGACGGCAAAAUGAAGGCUAGUUUUUCGUAAAUAAAGAUUUUAAACUUUAAAUGCCUUAUGUAAAUAUUAAAUAAUAUAUCGAGAAAUUCUCACAUUAUUUUACGAAUUGAAUUGUCCGUAUAAAAGCAAAUAUGGAUAUAGUUAACGAUUCCAUUGAAGACCCAAACCAAAUUCAGGACUUGAGAUCAGCUAACUGUGACGACUGGUCUAAUGAUGAGGGCCCUAAUAACAAUUCAACUUUACUUUACAUUGCUGUGGAAUACAUUGAAAAACAGAAAUCCACAAACAUCAUCGAAACUUCUUCUCAGGCGACCCAAGAUACUUUUACGGACUUUGUGACCCCGCAAGUAAGUCCCUUGGACCCGAACAUGAGCUGUACAGCUCAAUAUAGUCCCGUACCAGUUCAAUAUGAAGAAAAUCCUGACAACCAAAUCAGUCCGAUUGUUAUUCAACAGUUUAUUACUGAGGAGAGUGACACAGGCCAGGAUUUUUCUACUAGCAAUACUUUGGACAGUAUUUCAAGCGAAAUACCGGCAGUUUUGUGCAAUAAUGAAUUAAGAGAGACUGAAAAUCAAUAUUUUGAAAUGGUUCAGGAUGACACGAUCAAUAUUUGUAAUGAUGGAGGGCUAGAACUUGUACCUGAGGCUGAACAAGGGGUUGAGUUAUUAAUUACUGACCAUACUACAGGCAUUUCCUAUAGUGUAAACUCUCAACAACUGAUGGUUGAGCAUUGUCUAGAGGAUAAUCAAAAUUUUUUGGAAACCAUUGCACCCGAACCAUUGUUAGAGUCUGAUUUGCUUGAGCUUGAUGAAAAUACUGAGCUAAAUAAUAGCUCAGAGAUUCCGAAUAUAGUGACAUCUUUAAAUGAAGAAACUAUGAAUACUUUGAUACAAUGUUUGUCGAAUAAAACUAUAGAAAUUAAUGACGCAAACCCUUGUAAGAUCAAUACCAGGAGUAGUAAUCAAAAUAAAGUUAACCCUGAAGAGGAAUUAUUGUCGUGUGUUUAUAGUAUAAUGGAUAAACCGGUAUUGUCCAGAGCUAGGGCAUCUUUACCUGAAUCAUAUUUAUGUAUCAACAGGGUCAAUGAAGAAAAUGGUGUUUUUGCUAAGAAACUGAUACCGAAAAAAACCCAGUUUGGACCUCUGGAAGGUUCCUUAUUCCCUGUUAGUGAGUGUGUGAAUAAUAAAGAUAAAAACCUUUGGUUUCAUAUAUCAAUCAACGGGAAUGAGUAUGUGGUUGAUGUUACUGAUGAAAGUUUAUCAAAUUGGAUGAUUUUCGUUCGUAAAGCUGAAACUUUCGAUGAACAUAACCUAAUUUUAACACAGGAUGGAAACGGACUGUACUUUACGACAAUUAGACAUGUCAAGCCCAAGGAAGAAUUAAAGUUUCACUACAGUCACAGCUACGCCCAACAAUUCAAUUUGGAACUUCUGAAACCCGUAAUAAAGGAUACCUGGCCGUGUUUCGAGUGUUCUGCGAAGUUCCCGACUUCGGAAGAACUGCAGAAACACCUAGACGUUCACGAUGAAGAGGGAGACGAAAACACGAGACCCAAGAGGAGGUACAGGAGAAGAAUGAUGGUGUUAAGGAAGUCCCAGAGCGAUAUAGUCGAAUGUAACAUGUGCCAGGAACCGUUUGGCUCCACUGUCAGUUUCAGUACUUUGAAGAACCACUUGUCCAGGAAGCACAAGUUCAGCGGCGUGAAGAUUGGCGAUUAUUUUUCGAUUUUUCCGAAUUAUGCUUGUAAUUACUGCGACAUGAGGUUCAGAAGGGAGAUCCUGCUGAACAUCCAUCGGCUGGAGCACGAUCCCGAGUUGUCUGUGGAUCAGAUGAACCACGUGUGCCCGCAGUGUUUGCGGAAAUUUCCUACUCGGAAGCAGCUAGUGUUGCACGUCACUACGCACGCCCUGCCCAAGAAAGUGACCAAUGAGGAGAGCGUGAAAUGUAACGUGUGCUACAAGUCGUUUGCCAGGAAGGAAAGUUUGCAAAAACAUAUGUUGGUUCACGGAUCCGAAGAGACCAAACCCCUGAAAUGCGACAAGUGCGAAAAACGUUUUUUAACUCGCUCGGCCCUAACAAGCCACGCAAAGAACCACCUCACGGACAGGAAAAACUUCCAGUGCCCCAUUUGCAACGAGAGCUUCUACCAGGUGAUGAAGCUGAAGCUCCACAUCCCCAAACACGCUCAAGACAACCAGUACACCUGUCCCUACUGCAAGAAAACCUUCAGGAAGUACAGCAUCAUCCGGAAGCACAUCAGGACGUUCCACAGGGAACCUAAGUUUCAUUGCGAACAUUGCACCAAAAUGUACUCAAGUCUCGAGCAUUUGAAGAAGCACAUGCUGAAACAUUCGGAUCACAAGGAGUUUUUGUGCGCGGACUGUGGCAAGCAGUUCAAGAGGAAGGAUAAGUUGGUGGAGCAUAUCAGGAACAAGCAUCCUGUGGGUAAGAAAAGUGUUGGGGGUGAAGUGCCCAUUCCGAAAAAGAAGAGAUCGACAGUUAAAUACGAACCAGGCGAUUACGAGAGGUAUAUUUACAAGUGUCACUCGUGCCGUGUGGGGUUCAAAAGACGUGGGAUGUUAGUGAACCAUCUCGCAAAAAAACAUCCCGAAGUGAACCCGGACACUGUUCCCGAGCUGAGCUUGCCCAUUUUGCAAACGACCAAGGAUUACUACUGCCAGUACUGCGAAAAAAUCUACAAGAGUAGUUCUAAGAGGAAAAUCCACAUUUUGAAGUGUCAUCCUGGUGCUGAGCUUCCUGUAAACGUUAGAAAACCGAAAGAUGAAAAUGAGGAGACAAAAACAGAGGAAACAUCCGCGACACAGGCAACGUCCUUCUCCCUUACGGUGGGCAGUGUCCCCAGGAUACCUAAGAACUGUCGGUGGUGUCACAAACAGUACGCCAGCAAGGCAAAAUUGAUACAGCACGCCAAGAAGGAACAUCCAGACAAAUCUGUCAAAGAACUGAUGCGAUCCCUAAAAGUGGCCAAACCUAAAGAUACUACAGCUCAACUUACUGAUGAUAACGUGACACUGCUAGAAAAAUCCAAAGAAAUCUUAGCCCAAAGUAAGGAGUAUGUUAACGUAGAAAACGUCGAUGUAAAAGAUUUCGCUUCGACAGAGUUAACUGUCACUGAUGACAUAUGUCUAACCAGGACGGCCAACUUAACUACCGACGGUACCAUUACGGUACCGCUGGAUUGUCUACACACUAGUGACAUGGAAACAUUCGGGCAACUGUCGAUCGAAGACGGUAUUUUGGAUAGAAGUGACUUAAGUCACAGUUCCCACCUUUAUCAUUUGUUAGAAGCGACCAAUAACGGAUUAUUACCGCCACCCUGACAGAUUACAAAACUUGAAGCAUAGUUAAAAAUCGUUAUUAUUCGUUAUAGAGCAAAUCAAAAGCUCUACUCUGUGAUAUUAUGAAUUUCUUUUAAGUUUAUACAUACGUACAUAAAACAGGAUUGUCAGGAUAUGCCUUAAAAAAUCGUUACCAUAGAAGACCUAACUCCACUAAUCUAUAGCGAUGAUUUAGAUGUUUUACUGCAUUUUUCUGGUUGCCCUCUGUGGUUGCCCUGGUUGGAAGAAGCACGUGGAUUUUUUGAUUUCGGCUCUGCGUUUGUUUUUCGCACGUGAA